AGCCUGUAGAAAAUGUGGUUCAUCAGCCAGGCACCCUUUAAAGUUAUGAACAGUCUUGAGGCACCCUUUAAAAUUAUGGACAGUCUCAAGGCACUCCUUAAAAUUAUGGACAGUCUCAAGGCACCCCUUAAAAUUAUGGACAGUCUCAAGGCACCCCUUAAAAUUAUGGACAGUCUCAAGGCACCCCUUAAAAUUAUGGACAGUCUCAAGGCACCCCUCAAAAUUAUGGACAGUCUCAAGGGAACCCUUAAAAUUAUGGACAGUCUCAAGGCACCCCGUUCUAAAAUGUAA